AUGUUGAGAAUAACUAGAUUAUCAACUAGACAGCUUGUAUUUUUACGUUUCAAUUCAUCAGUAACAUCAAGACCAGAUGUAGCAAGACCAGAAGCAUCACAAUUAACCAAAAAAGAUUUACAAUCAAAUGCUUUUGCCAAUCAAGCUCCCAAUAGAAAUGUCACUUGGUCUCCAUCACAAGAAGAAAGAAUAGAAAUCAUUAGUAAAUAUCCUUAUAGAUUUGUUCAAAAAGAUUUAGAAGAACAACCAAGACCUUAUGCUGCCAUAGAUUUAAUUGCUAAAGAACCAAUCAAAUAUUUAAGUCAUGAACAAGGUAAUAUUGCUGUUUGUGAUGGUAAUAGAGGUAGUACUUUACAAGGACAUCCUAAAGUUUUCAUUAAUUUGGAUCAACCAAAAGCUGCUACGUGUGGAUAUUGUGGAUUAAGAUAUGCCAAAGAAGAAUUUAAAGAAUUAAUUGAAGCUGGUGAAGCGUAA